AUGGAACCGCGCAGAGGGCAGUGAACAGGACGACAUGACCAACCGAGGAUUUGUAUGGUGCGCGACAGUCUUACGUUGGGAGCUUGCACUUUGCGAAGUUUCCGAGACGAGCAUGGUGCUCAAUUAUGCUACCACAUCGUGGACUACUGCUGUAGAGAAGUACAAAUGUUUUAUGCCUGCCAAGUUCUAUUGUUUCUUCAACCACGGGCUCUUGACACUUUCAGAAGUCAAACUCGUACCGGUGGGAUGAACCAACCAUUCCUUUUCUUGACCUUUCCCUUUGCCUUGCCUACCCUUUGUGCUUUGGUCGUCAUGUCUUACCAUACAAUCUGCACCUCCUACUGGACGACAGUCACCAGGGAUUCACGUCAGGAAAACACCUACUCCCGCUCUCCCAGCGAAGUAGCCAAAGGUGAGGAAACCCCAAAGAUCUAAAGCAAGGCUAGCAGCUCUACGCGAUUUCAUUUUCUGAAACUCUAGAGAGAGAACAACAGAAUGAUCCAAUCCGACUGUCGCAUAUCUGCAGGACCAUUGUUUCUAGAACGGAGGACAGUGACCGGUGGACCUCAUCGAUGGUUGAUAGCCUGUCUGAUAGACUCGAGUGUCACCGUCUCUCAGAUGCCCUUUCUGCUCCUUUUGCCGGUCAUGUAUGCUCCACACACCCUUUGGCCAAAGCGGGUGGUCCACUCGCCUUCCCUUCGUCGCAUCUUCUUGCCGGCUCCUUUUCCGCUUCCCUUCCAACCACCCCUUUCCACGAUUUUUACCGGUUCCAUGUCCAGACACAAGGUCAGGUCCACAGAACGUAGGCUCCAUGGGCCUUGACGUAUACGAUGAUGCCUCCUGAAGUCCUGAGUCCAAAAUCUUGUGCUAACUUAAAGUAGAGAAUCUACUAGCGUCCCAAAACCGAAUUAUAAACCGUAAAAAAAUUGUACACAUCGAGGUUUCUCAUAGCUACUAUUAUCAUAAGCCAAGUGGUCGGUGUAGAAGCACACCUUUCAGCACGAAAAAGAUGCCAUCUGAAGCACACAUACGACAUACUACACCCACAUCGUACAAUUAAACUGGUCUCUAUUCUCCAUUAGUCCCACAUUGUUAGCACUAUCUUUGAACAAUGUUUCCGAGUAAGGCCAGGGAGCCGUGGCCUGGUGCCGGGCAGACGGGACAGGAGGAUCCACCCGAGCACAGAGCAAAAAGGCAGCCAGCGAACGCUCCGGGCAUAUCCUAUCCUUGGAACCCAAGGCCGCGUCGCCGGGGAGCAAGAAGCCAAAACGAACCGGGCAGCAUAUCGGAGCAUUUCUUGCGUCCAAAGCUACACCCUAUUCCCCUCCUCCUCCUGCCUAGAUCUCCUGGAUUCCUCCCCUGGCGGCUUAUAUAUAGCCUCCGCCGUGGCCGAGACCGUCCCUUCUUCCUCCCCUCCGGUCCCCCUCCUCUGGUGCCGCCAUCGCCGUCGUGUGCGUUGUGGGUUCCUUAGAAUUCUUGGAGAGGCCAAGAGCUGAGGUCUGUUGGGCCGUGGAAGCUGGAAGGCGUGCAUGAACCUGACGUUGAGUCUAGCCGUCAAUGGCGGCACCGGCACCGGCACGGGCAAGAAGCGCAAGGUGCGGGACGGUGUUGUCGACGACGUGGUGGGCGAUGGUGGUGACCGUGGCAGGGUGGUGAGGCUUCUCCAGGCGAGGGAGCGGAUGGUGGCGAGGCUGGAGUCGGACGAUCAGAGAGUAGCGCCCGAUGAUGCUGCUGGCGGCGGUGGCGGCCUGCGGCUGAUGCAUUUGCUCCUCUCGUCGGUGGCGGCUGGGGAGGCCGGCGACGUGCGGGCGGCCACCGCGGCGCUGCACGAGGUCUACCGGCUUGCGUCCUUCGGCGGCGGCGAUCCCGCCCCGCGUGUCGCCGCCUACUUCGCGGACGCGAUGGCGCCGAGGCUGCGGCUCCGUCCGCCCGCGGAGGCCUCGUCGGCGCCGGCGCGCGGGGAGCAGUUCCUGGCGUACACCAUGUUCUACCGGGCGUCCCCGCUCUACCAGUUCGCGCACUUCACGGCGAACCAGGCGAUCGUGGAGGCGUUCGAGGGCGGCGGCCGCCGGAGCCUCCACGUCGUCGACUUCGACGUGUCGUACGGGUUCCAGUGGCCCUCUCUCAUCCAGUCUCUCUCGGACGCCGCCGACGCCGCGAGCACAAGCGGCUCGCAAGACGGCGACCGCAGGGAACGACCGGUGUCCCUGCGGAUCACCGGCCUCGGGACGAGCGCCGACGAGCUGCGGCAAACCGAGGCGCGGCUCACGCGCUUCGCGAGCGGCUGCCCCAACGUUCGGUUCGAGUUCGAGGGCAUCGUGACGAACGAGCAAAACAGCGGCCGCCAUGAACGCAUCAAGAACGACGACGACGCGACGGUGGUCGUCAACCUGGCGUUCCCGGCAGCGCAGAGCUCGAGGGCGAGCGCAAGAGAAGCUUGCAGCGCGCUGGCUCUCAUCCGCUCCCUGAACCCUUCCCUGGUGUUCUUGGUCGAGAGAGGCGGAGGCGGCAAUGCCACGUCGAGGGGACGCUCGAGCUUGCUUCCGCCGUUCACGGCCAGCCUCCGGUACUUCGCCGCGGUGUUCGACUCGCUGCACGAGUCCCUGCCGGCCGACAGCGCCGAGAGGCUCGCCAUCGAGAGGAACUACCUCGGCACGGAGAUCCGCAACGCCGUGGCCUCUCUAGACCGCAGCCAUGGCGGCGACGAUCGCACGGCGGCGGAGCCUUGCAGCAGCAGCGCCAGCUGGAAGGAGAUGAUGGAGAGCGCGGGGUUCGAGGCCGUGCCGCUGAGCUCGAGAACGGUGAGCCAGGCGAAGCUGCUGCUGAAGAUGAAGAGCGGGUGCGGCGGCGGCGGGGGGUUCCGGGUCGUCGUCGAGGGCGACGGCGGCAGGGCGAUGUCGCUCGGGUGGCGGGACAGCGCGCUGAUCACGACGACGGCGUGGCGGCGCCGCCGGCGCCGAUCGAUCAGCAAGACAUCCAGCUAGUGCAUGCAGUGUGAAGCCGAAGACCUCAGUUCAUCGACCCGAUGGAUAAAGUAUACUUCUUCUUGGUUUGUUCAAUUGGUUCGUUAUCGAGAGAGAAGGGUUGGCUGUUA